GCUGCGGCCCGGGGAAAUGCAGGAAAACACAAAUGCAUGGAGGAAGAAAGAACAAUCCCCAGAGGUGCCUGAGCCAUCGCCCUGCCCGCAGCCCAGGAGCAGCCAGAAGGAGGAGGCAGCUGCUCUCUCUGCCGGAAAGGUUAUUACUAAACUCAAGAUCUUAACACCACUAGAAAUAAUGAUGUCAAACACUGCUUGUGAUGCAGGGAAUACAACAGAGUCGUUCACUAUGAUAACAGAGCAUUUCAAGAGAAAAUACUUCAAUGAAACGAAGGGUUUGGAGUACAUGGAACAAUUGUGUGCAUCUGAAUUUAGCACCAUUUUCAUGGAAGUCCAAUCCAAGUAUGUUGGAAUAAGGAAAAGCAUACUGUGUCCAGGUAAGAUUUUAACCAAAUCAUUUAAUGUACUUGUCACAUAGAAGAUUUCAGGUUUCUAAAACUGUUUAACUGUGCAGUCAGUGUAAAUAUUAUGGAUGGCUUAUUCUACAGAGAUGCAACCACCCUUAAGUGUGAAACCCUGGCAUACAUAACAUGUCAAAGCCAUAAAGAUGGAACUAAUACUUACAAAUUAUAAGCAUGUUGCUUAGCUCCUGUAUUGACUGAAAUAUGUUCUUUAAAAGA